AUGAGUUUUCGUUUCCGGAGAGCCGGCCGCUCAACCGGCCGGCAAGGCCGGCAAUCACGACAGGAUCUCCUCGACGACAACGUCGGGUCACCUCCGCCUUCAGGCCCGCCUCAGUUUCCUCGCCCUCAGCCAAACCAACAUCAGGAACGUAGGAAUAAUAAGAUACACCUUCGAAACAAUCUCCGAUCAACUGCUACGACGCAACCCAACGAGCAAUAUGCACCACAAAAUUCGCAGCAAGACGACCUGCAAUGUGAUGAGCCGCAAUGGCAGUUGCAGCCACAACUGCCGGGCCAAGAAGGAUAUAUAGUCUAUGCAAAGAUAACAUCGGCUUCUCUAGGAUAUGAUGAAAGUCCAAACGACUCCAUGUGUGAUUUCGAUGUCACGAAUGACAUCAAAACUCUACAAGACGCAUUGGGAAGCGGUAAUCGCGACAAUAGUGGCCUUAUCAGCGUCUUAACCAAUCCCAAAUAUCGGGAUCCGCGAGCUCUUCGUCAGCUGAAAAUCGACUACGAGUUUCAAACCGAGAGAAGCUUAUUUGAUGAUGUCGAGAGUAUUGUCGAAGGCGAUGUUAAACCCAUCUUAUUAGCCCUCAUUAGGGGCCCACUCGAUCAUGAUAUAUAUUAUCUAGAGAAAGCCCUCUCUAGCGAAAGCGCUCGGGAAAAGAUAGAAGAUGUGCUACUUUGCCGCUCCAACGCCGACAUCUGCGCCAUCGUCAACAGGUUCAACAGCGCUCCAGGCAAAGACCUACUUCAGCUCAUCAAAAAUAAGGUCGACAAAAAUCUCUUCCAUCUCUACAGUAUUAUCCUCUCCGAUACUCGGGCCGAAGAUGCAUCACCUGGUAUAUUCUCUGAGUUGAAACACAAUGUUAGAAUAAUCCGAAACUUCGUUGAACUUCACCAUCCUACUAGUGCCGACACCGAUCUCAUAAUCGACAUAUUGGCGAGUGCCAAUGUCCUCCAGCUGGAAGCCAUGAGCGAGAUUUACCAUGUGAAUCACGGAACAGAAAUGAGAGACAUUUAUAGAAAGCUCAACGGCGGUAUUCGAGAUGCCCUAUCAACAAUCCUCUCUUCCGAGAAUGAGAGUGUGCUUUCGGACGUGGAGGAUGUGCGGACGUGGCAGAGGGCGUCGAAGGAAUAUCAAGAGUCUCAUCUAUACCGAGCUCUUCGAUUGUACUGGGGCGACAGUACGAAACUAGAGAAAUUUCAGAAAGCGUUUAAUAAGUUCCGCGGGAGACCCGUGAAGGAUCACUUGGGUAAGUGGCCAGCGGGAGACAAAAGGGACUUGAUAAUUGCUUUGAUUGGAGAAAAAGAAAAGCCAAAGCCAAAGUACACGUGCGGUUAG